AUGAGCACGUGGCAAGCUCACACUGACCACUCUGCCACAAGCCCGCGGUCCACGCUACCUGCAACGAAACAGCUAGAUUCCGAUGCCACUCCAAGAAUGUCUCAUCUGCCUACUCCUCUGGGAGAGCUAAAACUGAUUGUGAACAAUGACCUACUACGAAAAAAUCCGAACUUUGUAACAUCGGAAGCGGCACUCAGCUCGACCAUCGAACAACUGGAUUCAGAGACACUGAAGAUAUCAGCCUAUGCAAGACUCGACUUUGAAAACUACACCUUUUUCGUUCAGACACUCCAAGUGGUGUUAGGAAGAAAAGCCGUCGAAGACGCUGCACCUACCCAUCACGCUGUGGAUGUUCACUUGUCAUCGAAGAAGGCCAUCUCCAGGCGGCAUGCUAAGAUAUUUUACAACUUCGGUACGCAGAGAUUUGAGAUCUCCAUUCUAGGCCGGAACGGUGCUUUUGUAGAUGACCAGUUCGUCGAAACAGGCAUAACUGUGCCGCUUGUGGAUAAUACGAAAAUUCAAAUUGGUGAUAUUCCGUUCACCUUUGUGCUACCAUCACUCGAACCUCCGGAAAAGAAGAAUGCUACACCUGCCAAGCCCUUUAACCCAAGUGAUGCCAUCAACCUACGGUCCAACUUGUACCUGAACCCUGCUUCUCCAAAUAGGAAAAAGAGUCUCACUGACGAGCAGAAAAAGGCUCGCAGGAACCUGAGAGCUGAUAUAGUCAGAAGGCUUUCUAACGCUAGACGCAAAUCUCUUGCAUCAUCGACUAAUGACGAGAUUACUGCCCUUCUUAAAGAGCUUGAGGACAUCGGGGAUGACGACGAAAGUGACCCUAUUGAUAAAGAGGUCAAUGAACUCCUCAAGCUGGGUAAUCUUGAAGCAGAAGAAGAUGAGCUUGAUGAGCUAGUAAAACAGCAUAAUUUGCUGCAGGGAAUUGGUGUUGAAGAUAAGGACCGAAAGGACGUUGACGUCGAUAUGAGCGUCCUUGACCAAGAGAUUGCAUCUUUGGCCCCACUUAUAGACGGCCAGCAUCCAGAAAAGGAUGCCAUCGACAACAAACAGGGUGUUUACGGCAGGCACGGAACAACCCUCGCCACUGACACAGCAGAUAAUAAAAACGCCCCGCUCAUGGGCCGUCCUGCUGGUCCUCGCAUGGGCAAACCUGCUCAGAUACAACCUCCUGCUAAUAGGGCAUAUGGAAGACAACCUGUGGGUCCAAUAUACGGCUACCCAAAUUCGGGUGCUUAUCCACAAGGUUAUAAUUCGCCAUACGGAUCUCCUGCUGGAUAUCCUACAGGGGCAAGGAAUUCAAUGUACCACCCAAUGAUGAUGCCAACACGGCCUCCACCACCUAAGCUAGAGGUCGAAGUGGAAACGAUCAGCACAGUUCCAGUAAAAAGUGCUACAGUCCCAUUCAAGGCGAUUUCUACAGGGGUGGGAAAUGUUCAGCGGCCACCUGUUUGCGUUUUCAAAACAUUGGACAUACCACUGAACAAGCCCAAGAUCCCACUCAGGCGGAAGGAUGCUCCUAGCAUUAAGAGACCGAAGUCACAAAGCAACAAAGAUAUUCCAGAUCAGUAUAAAUCGAAGCCAACGGUUAGCAUCACGGCCAUGAUCACCAGUGUGUUGAGAGGACCCAAUUCUCGCAAGUCAGGUUUCACUUUCAGUGAGAUCUGUGACGGAAUCAAGGAAUUUUAUCCUUACUACCAAUACUGUCCUGACGGCUGGCAAUCUAUGAUAACCCAUAAUUUGAAGACCCAUAAAAUGUUUAAGCGAGAGUACAAAGGAGGCCUUGAUUCUGAACACUUGUGGGUGAUCGACGAUGAUUACUUAGCCGAGAAAGAGCGUGUUAGAAAGAAACAGCAAGAGGUCGCAAUGGCCAAGGCCAAGGAGGCUGCUUUGAAGGCAGUUGAACUUCGUCUGAAACAGCUGACUCCACAGUAUGGCGCUGUUGGUCGACCAUUCAUGACCCCAUAUGCGUCUUCCUUUGGCCAGCCACGCUAUCCGACAUCCCGUGAUCUGUCACCACCAAUGCCAAAUGGUGCUCCGGGACAGAAGCCCAAGUCCAUUGCUGAACUUGCCAGCGAGAUCAAACGAGACUCGCCAGGCGCCUUGAACCAGUCAUCAUACUUGCCACGUCUGAGUCUCUCACCUACUGUGAACUCAGCCGAACAAAGCAACAGCAUAAAAGAUCAGCUUGCUGCUAAUAGAUCAGCCACUAACUCACUGACCAACAUCAACAGUGAUGUAAAGACUGAAAGAAGCUCUCCUACACCUCAGCCCGUUGCCGCAGCUGCAGCUGCAGUUUCUGCUAACACGAAUUCUGGUCUGGUUUCAAAACUGUUGCCGAUGAAUGCAGAUACGAAGAAGUCUCUUGGCUAUUUGCAGAAGGAGCUUUUCACUUUGUACAAAGCCAGAAAACUCUCCUACAAUACUGCUACUACAACUAACAUCAUCACCAAGGCAUUGGCUACUACCAUUGCACAGGUCAAUACCAUUGGUGCUAAAGCUGGUUGUGGUGACAAUGCAUUGAGUUUCUUGGUUGAAAAGGCACCUCAGCAAGUCAGUAAGAUUCUUGACAUUGCAUUGACCAAGUCCAUCAAAGAGAUUGAAGGUAAGCUGUCCAACCCCACUAGCAAAGAGUCUACGCCUGUGCCAACAGCAUCGCCUGCUGCUUCUAACAUUGGUCUGGUGCAAAAGCCUCCCGCAUCUACAGACAGCACCAGCUCUGCUUCAAGACCGGCAACUCCUAAUUCUCCAGCCGGUGGCACACCCAAGCCUAGUUACUCAGGAGGAUUGAGUCGUCCACACUUUAGCGGGAUGGCAAGACCACAGAACCCUAGCAAGCCUGGAGCGUUGCUGAAGGGGCCUCUGUUUUUGUCCAACAAACCCAGACAAGAGAAAAGGCCCGCUGAGGAAACUGGGGAGGAUCCGCUGAAGUCGAUCAAGCUUGAGUAA